CAAGCCAUCCCGACCAGCCCAGGAACGAUCCGCGCAGCCUCUUCGGGAGCCUUCUGCCCACUACCCUCAUCCACCACCGGCAAUAGUACACCAUGGCCACGUCGUUCUGGAAGCUAAAUAACGGCUUCACGUCGUUGUCCAACGUCUCAACGAUUCUCGAGAACCACACCGUCUCGGACGCGAAAACACCCGUCUUGGCCGCGGAGACCCUCGUCAAGCUCUUGGACGAGAGCGACUUGCUCCAGGAAUUGAUGUCCAACAACACGUCCUUGCUAGAGUUCUUGAGGGACGAUACCGUCAUCAAUUUGCUCGUGGACUUGUUGAUUCUGGAAAGCUUGACCGGCGACGAGCUCGAGGAGAGCUUGCUCAGGCUCAACUUGAACGAAAAACCGGUCUCCGGAGCCAAAGAACUGCCCGAGUCUGAGCCUGGCUCGGACAAGGAGCAGGAAGACCCUGCAAGCGGCUCUCUGGAAACAGGCAGCGACAACGAAAUGCCGCACUCGAAUCUCCACGAGGACCCCGCGGACCCUGACGACGACGACGACGACAACGACGAGCACAACGAGACUUUUGACGAGCGGAGAACCAGGUACGCCACGUUGGCGGCCGAGAUUCUCAGUGCAGACGUGUGGUCGCUCACAGACACUGUGAUGGAGUCGACGAAGAACCUCAACAAGUUGUGGUCCAUUCUCGACUUCAGUCCUCCGUUGUCAAUCAACUUGGCCACGUAUUUCAUGAAGAUCAUGGAGCACUUGUUAGACAUGAAGUGCGAGGAGAUGAUCACGUAUCUCAUCGAGAACCAGCCAAACUUGGUGCAGAAGUUCACGCGCCACUUGGCGAACCCGCCGCUCAUGGACUUCUUGUUGAAACUCAUUUCCACCGACAAGCCCGACAACUCGACAGGAAUCAUUGAUUUUCUCCAGGACCAGAACUUGAUCCCCAGCCUCGUCCACGCCCUAGAGUCUGCGCCUGGUCUUUCGCCUGCGGAACUUGAUGAGCAGUUGGCCAGACAGUCGUCGGCCGCUGAUUUCUUGAAGGCUCUCAUAACUAUCUCUGCCAACUCGACCACCGACAACUCCACCAUUGGCCCCAACGAAUUGACCCGAGAGUUGGUCUCCCACGACAUGAUGGCCAAACUAUGUGACAUCAUGCUACAGGGCGGCUACGCGUUGGGCAAUGGCGUGGGUAUCAUCAUCGAGAUAAUCAGAAAGAACAACUCUGACUACGACAUUCUUCCUGUGUUGUACAUAACUCUCGAAAGCCACCCACCCACAGGCCGUGAUCCCAUAUACUUGGGCCAUUUGCUCCUGGUUUUCGGCAGCAGAAUAGGUGACUUCAACAACUUGUUGAUGCAUGCCAAUGAAAACAACAAGUUGAAAACAACGUUUGGCGAGAUCGAGCCUCUUGGGUUCGAAAGAUUCAAGAUCUGCGAACUCAUUGCGGAGCUCCUACACUGUUCAAACAUGGCCCUUCUAAAUGACAACAAGGGCUUUGACGUGGUCAGAGUAAGAGAUGACCUCAGAAAGAAGUUGAAAGAGCUAGACCCCGUGGGUUUCAAGUACAAUGAGGCUAUAGAAAUACCUGCUGAAGUUUUGCAACCCAGUCUUGAUGCAGAACAGGAAAUUGUAAAAAAGUUCGAACACGAAACAAAACGCCGCUCCCGCGACGAGGACGCAGACUAUAACGACACAAUUGACUCUUUUAACGAAAAUUUGCACGAAAACUCUCCGAACUUUCAUAGUGGUGGAGAGGAUGAAGAGGAAGAGGUUCAUGCUAACGCAAACUUGACCGAAGAGCAAAUGAGACAUAACCAUGUCGUGGGCGACUUUUUGAAGAUUGCAUUAUAUGAUACGCAGAUCAUUUCGAACAUUUUGUCGAUGUUCUUCAACUUUCCGUGGAACAACUUUCUCCACAACGUUGUUUUCGAUAUUGUUCAACAGGUUUUGAACGGCUCUAUGGAUAUCGGCUUCAACAAGUUCUUGGCAAUUGACAUUUUUCAUUCCGGCGAGAUCACAGUCCGGAUUACAGAGGGGCAGAAGCUUUGCAAUGAUUACGAGGAGUCAAACGGUGGCUUGAGAUUAGGUUAUAUGGGCCACUUGACCUUGAUCGCAGAAGAGGUCGUGAAGUUCAUUCAGCUUUAUCCCGCGAGUACUGUAAGUCAACUCAUUGACGAGAAAACUGAGAAUGAAAUUUGGGAAGAAUAUGUCAGCCAUGUUUUGUACGAUACCAGAAAGAAGUACAACGCCAUAUUAGGUGGCAGUGAUGUGGACGAGGAAGAAGGUUCGAAUACCUUCGAUGAAAGCGGUGGCGACUUGAUUGAAGAUGGCGACCUUGAUUCAGGAUUGCGCCUUCAUCCAAACCUCGAUCACGAUCUCAUUGGUAGUGGAUACGAGGACCAGGAUAAAGAAGAAGAGUUCACGGAAGACAUCGACGUGGUGGACGAACCUAAGAAGAGCAACAAGUUUACCUCCAGCGAUGAUUCCGAGUCGGAGGAAGAAGAAGAAGAAGAUCACUUUGCAAGUUACAUGUCACUGCAGCUUGCAAACUCAGGCUCAAGCGGCUUCAUGACCUCCUUGAAAAACAAGGCCAAGGAAUUUAGUGAAAACGAAGGUGACAACGAACCCGAGACAAAAAACUUUAUGCCUUUGAAAGAUGAUGACGGAGAUGACUACAUUGACCCCAACGAUGAUGGUCUUUCUUACAAAAAGCCUCAUUCUUUAUACGAUGCGCGAGGCAUGCUUGUGACAGACCAAAGACAAAGCUAUCACAGAAACGACGGGCUACUGAGUGAGGAGUCUAGCAGUUCAUCGGAUAGUGACGAGGAAGACCUUGGUGAUGAUCUUGUCGACGAGCUGAAAGAAAACAAAUUGACUAGAUCAGCCAGCAAAGGGUCUUAAACUAGAGAAAAACGCCCAGUCAGGCGGCCCGGCUGCAGGUAGAAUGCAAGAAACGGUUUUAAUUAAAUUACACUCUGUAAUGGCCCUAAGAAAACGGGUGCGG